GAAGCACUAGCAGUGGAAAAGUUUAUAAAGGAGUCGAAUCCCUCUGGUUGGUGACUCGUGUUUCGGUUGAAUUGAGAGACCGAAUCUUACGGAUUCAUCGUCACGCUGAAUCUCUUCGUUCUCGUCUUCUGUCGACGAUCGGUCGUCAUGAGUUUCUGCAAAUGGGUUUCUCUCAUUUCGAUCCUGCAUUUACUCGAUUCUUCGCUGAUUUCAUGUUCCUCUUCCCAAUCCUCAAACGGGGUUUCCCAAAUUCCCCAAAGGUUUCUCAAUUUCGCCCAAAGGGAUGGUUUUGUUGAUUGGAUGGUCGGAAUCAGAAGGAAAAUCCACGAGCACCCAGAACUGGGGUUCGAGGAAAUCGAGACCAGUAAGCUCGUCAGAGCUGAAUUGGAUAAGAUGGGCGUUUCUUACAAGUACCCAGUCGCUGUAACUGGCGUCGUCGGUUAUGUCGGGACCGGUCAGCCUCCUUUCGUUGCGUUAAGGGCGGACAUGGAUGCUCUUCCUAUCCAGGAAAUGGUGGAAUGGGAACACAAGAGUAAGAUCCCGGGAAAGAUGCAUGCUUGUGGACAUGAUGCUCACACAGCCAUGCUUCUCGGUGCUACAAAAUUACUCAAGGAACACGAGGAAGAACUAAAGGGGACAGUUGUUCUAGUGUUCCAACCGGCCGAGGAAGGUAGAGGAGGUGCAAAGAAAGUCAUGGAGGCCGGAGUGUUGGACAAUGUCGAGGCGAUCUUCGGUUUGCACGUCGCCAAUCGCUGGGAAUCGGGCAAAGUGGCUUCCAAAGAGGGUCCAAUGCUGGCCGCAAGUGGCACUUUCGAAGCCAAGAUUCACGGGAAAGGAGGCCAUGCUGCUCUUCCGCAAUUUUCCAUCGACCCGAUACUGGCUGCUUCUCAUGUCAUCGUAAGCUUGCAACAGCUCGUCUCAAGAGAGGCCGACCCCCUCGAUUCACAGGUGGUUACAGUUGCCAAAUUCAAAGGAGGUGAUGCUUUUAAUGUGAUUCCAGACUCUGUCACAAUCGGUGGUACAUUCCGAGCCUUUUCGAGCGAAAGCUUUAACCAACUCAAGAAACGAAUCGAGCAGGUUAUCACGAGUCAAGCCAGCGUGCAAAGGUGUAACGCAACAGUGGAUUUCUUCGAGGAGGGGAGACCCUUUUUUCCGCCGACUGUAAACGAUAAAGAAUUGCAUCGGUUCUUCAAGAAUGUCACAGGCGAGAUGCUGGGGAUGGAGAAUUACGAAGAGACACAACCAGUGAUGGGAGCAGAGGAUUUCGCCUUCUACCAAGAAGCGAAACCGGGAUUGUUUUACUUUCUGGGAAUGGAAAAAGAGGGUCAUCCACGUUUGGAAGGCGGCCAUUCGCCCUAUUUCCGGGUGAACGAAGGCUCGCUCCCAUAUGGCGCCGCCCUCCAAGCUUCCUUGGCAACCCGAUAUCUCCUCGAGCCCCGACCCCUCCAUUCAUCGCCACAGAAGAGUUACAAGGAUGAACUUUGAAAUUUUGGACCGAGUUUUCGAUAAAGCAAGAUUGGCAUUGUUCAGUGUCUCCUCUCUAUCCUCCGAGGUUACACAGCCAUAUGAGUAUAUCUACAUUCUGCUGAAAGAUUUCUUCUGUGAGAGCAAUUGAAUUGUUUCAGAGAAAUUGAUAGUUCUUCCUUGUUAAUCCCCAGAAGCUAUACAUAUGUCAGCAAACAUGUAUGUGCGCAUAUAUUGGUUGAUUAUUACAACUUAGUAAGGAACCCUUUCAAGCGUUCUUCUGAA